AUGGGCUUACACCCACGUUUAGUGGCUGCACCAGAGUGGACGAAAAUCCCGAUGGCAACAGAGUCUCGUGCGAGUAUGGUGGCUUAUUAUAGUGUACUGAUUCCAGAUGCACGCUUAGCUUUGAUGCGCGCCCGUGUAGAAGAGCAAAAGCUUCAAGUGGUCCUCGGUGGUUCAAGUAAAUCGACAGAAAAAAAGCCUGCAACGCGUACCAAGUUGACGGAUGAACAGAAGGCUGAAAAAGCACAAUCCGCUUUAGUCAAUCGUAUGGGUGUCGAUCCUGAGCAUGGCUGGAAAGCCAAGUAUGAAGUGCUUCCAGGCAAAGAACAUGUGGUCGCUGAACUCAAAAAACUAGCCAAAGAUGCAGAUGAAAUCUAUCUCGCAACGGAUUUGGAUAGAGAAGGAGAAGCGAUUGCGUGGCAUUUAAGAGAAGUGAUUGGUGGUGAUGAUAGCCGUUACCAUCGUGUGGUCUUUAACGAGAUUACCAAAAAUGCCAUUCAAGAAGCAUUUAAACAACCUACACGUCUAGAUUUAAACCGUGUGAAUGCGCAACAGGCUCGUCGUUUUCUCGACCGUGUGGUGGGCUUCAUGUACUUACCUGCUAAAGCAAAUCGUUAUGGGAAUAAAGCCAAUGCGCAAGAAGCCCAUGAAGCGAUUCGUCCUUCCAAUGUUGCCUUAAAAGGCGAUAGUUUGGCGGGUGUUGAGCGUGAUGCACAACAGUAUUUAUCCUCAACGAUUUUGGUUGAUGCGAAUGGUGUAGAACUCAAAGCCAAAGGUCGUACUUUAGUUUUUGAUGGUUUUACCAAAGUUCGUGGUCAGAACAAGUCUGAUGAUGAUGUUUUAUUACCUGCAGUCAAAGUGGGUGAAAUUCUCAAACUUGAGAAACUUGAUCCUUCUCAACACUUUACUAAACCACCUGCACGUUUUACUGAAGCAUCUUUAGUAAAAGAGUUGGAAAAACGUGGAAUCGGUCGUCCAUCGACUUAUGCUGCGAUUAUUUCGACGAUUCAAGAUCGUGGUUAUGUCAAACUCGACAAUCGCCGUCUUUUUGCAGAGAAGAUGGAUUUGGAAGGUCAAUUGGAUAAAGUUGCAGAUGGUGAACGUAAUUGGAAAGAGCUGUUAGAUAGUUUCUACGGUGAUUUUAAAAAGCGUUUAACCACAGCACAGGGCGAAAACGGCAUGCGCCGUAAUCAACCUGUAGAAGUUGAAGCUGUUCACUGUAAAGAAUGUGAACGCCCGAUGCAGAUUCGUACAGGGACGACGGGUGUAUUCCUUGGUUGUUCUGGUUAUAACUUGCCACCAAAAGAACGCUGUAAAGGUACAUUGAAUUUAACACCAGUUGAGUCGUUGGCUAUACUUUCUGAUGAUGACAGUGCUGAAACUGCUGACUUAAUGUCGAAAAAACGUUGUCCAGUAUGUGGUACUGCAAUGGACAGCUAUGUGAUUGAUGGUGGUCGCAAGUUACAUAUUUGUGGAAAUAACCCGGAUUGUGAUGGUUACGAGCUGGAAGAAGGCGAGUUCAAAAUCAAGGGUUAUGAUGGUCCAACCAUUCCAUGUGAUAAAUGUGAUGGCGAGAUGCACCAGCGCCACCUCGUGUCGACCCAAUCAAAAUGGAACAUUUACGUUCAGUCAAACAUGAUGAUUACUUUGUUCUACGUGAUGGAGCAGCGGGUUUAUUCUUGGCGGCAAGCAAAUUCCCUAAAGUACGCGAAACACGUGCACCGAAGGUUGCGGAGUUACGUUCAGUUGCAGAUCAACUUGAUCCUAAGUAUCAGUUUAUCUUGCAAGCACCUGAUCAAGAUCCAGAUGGUAAUCCAACAUUGGUUAAGUUUAGCCGUAAAAACCAAGCGCAAUAUAUUGGUUCAGAAACCCCAGAAGCAUCAAGGCGAAGAUGGCUCACCAUCGGUGACCCUGUAUUUAAAUUAUUAUGAUCCCAAGUUGCAGAAAGUAUUGAAACACUCUACUGCAUUGGAGCGUGGGCGUAUUGGCUCAGUGAAUUUAUUUGCAUCACGAAAGCAAAGUUCGAGGCAGCCUCUCUAUCCGACAGGCUAUGCCAAUCCUGAACAACAACCACGUUAUCCACAACAGCGUGCAGAAAUUAUGGGCGGCUAUAUUGCGCUUUCUGAAAAUAAAAGCAAGACACCUGAAGAUCUAGAAGAUACCAUGAUCAGUCGACUCACUGCACAAGAAAUGGGUUGGGUGAAGUAG